AUGCCUACCGCAGUCAUCGACGCCGAAGGAACUGAGAUCUUCUUCACAGACAGUGGGCCUGUCGAGGGCUCCAGCGAUUACACCACCUAUGUGAUGUACCAUGGAUCAGCGUUCACUGGUGAUAUGUUCCACAAGCUCCUCCCUUUUGCCGCGAACGCGAAGGACAACGUCCGGCUGGUCAUCCUAAAUCGCCGCGACUACGUCGGUUCAUCGAAGUACUCCGACGCGGAAUUGGAGGAUCUGAACGCUGGCCGCAAGGUAUUUAUGGAGCGUACUGCGGUGGAAGUCGGCAACUUCCUCGCCUGGUUCAUCGAGAAGAACCAGAUUCCUCGCAUCACUUCGGACGGGAAGUCAGGUGGCCUCGCUGUUGGGGGCUGGUCCAUAGGAAGCGCUACCCCGCUCUCCCUCUUUGGACACCCGGAAGCCGUGCCAAAGGAAUUGUAUGCAAAGUUAGAACCUUAUUUUAGGUUGCUGAUAUUCUAUGAUCCCCCUCACCUCACAUUUGGCUAUGAGCAGCCGCCAGAGGGCUACAACCCAUGGACCGACCCGGACUUUCCCACCCCGCUUGAGCUGUUCGACAACUUCCGCUACUGGGUAUCAGGCUACUACGAGCACGCCGGGCUGCCCUCACGCGAC